UGGCUUUUGGUAAUAAUAGUUGCCUGCCAUCAUUUGCCCGUGCAGUUUUCAAUGAAUAUUGUAUGUGGUCUCUGGCUCUGGUGCUGAUCAUUUGAAUCAGCGGGUCGCGAGGAGGAAGGUAUCCUGGAUGAGCGCACCAGAUGAUGGAAUUUCUCCCAGAGACAGCAGCUGCUCGACCAGGACUGUUUGCCUCGGAAAUUAGAUAAGAAGAGCAGAGCCAGGAGAUCAUACAGCGGGGAAGAUGUUCUGCGCGAAGCUGAAGGAGCUGAAGAUAUCAGGAGAGUGUCCAUUCUCCAGCAGCAGCAGCAGCGGCGGCAGCGCCAAAAAUAAUGAGCUCGGAGACUUUGAGGAGCGCUCAACUGACGCCGCGGAUUUAUUGCCUAUAUCUAAGGACGUGCACGGAAAAAUAGGUGAGGAUCUACCUCAGCAGAAGACAAGCAGAGCCAAAGUUAACCUGCAUACACUUGGGGAGAGCAUCCGCAAAUUGGCAUGUCCCGAGUUUCAAAGGCUGCACACUGCCCUCCAACGAAUGAUGCGACUAUCAGAUCAAACCAGAGACUCGGAAAGUCCAAUAACUUGCUGCACAGACUAUCAGAGUUGCAGUGAUGACACGGAGCAUUUAGUGGAAAUGAUGAACAUGUACUCAGCCAAAACAGCAAUCCAGAUGGAAGCGUUGAGAGUUGCUCUUGGCGAGGAGCUCUUCAACAUGUGUUACGAGGAGGACGGACACAUUUUGAGGGUAGUGGGGGGAGCUCUCCACGAUUUCCUCAACAGCUUCAAUGUCUUGUUGAAACAGAGCAGCACGCUGCCCAACCCGGACAGAGAGGAUUGUGUAAACGAACCUUCGGUGCUCUGCUUAGACAAGGAUGUGGGUCUGCUUACUGUCUAUUUCUUCAACCCCCGCCCGACCACUGAGCUCUUCUUCCCUGGAGUCAUUAAAGCUGCUGCCCGCCUGCUGUAUCACACCACUGUGGAUGUGUUGAUGGACCCCCCCGGUGCUAAAGACAGCAUCUUGCAGUCCAGCCCGCAGCCCAGUCUUCUGUACACAGUUGUAGUCAAGGAUGCUAAAAGCCUGAGCCCCAGUCCGCUGCGGGCUACCUCAGCUGGGACCCUUCCUACCUCUCUGUUCUCUACCAUCUUCCCUUUCCAUCUGAUCCUGGACCAAGACUUGGUUCUAGUGCAAAUAGGACAUGGGCUCAGGAAGAGACUGUUCAGGAAGGAUGGACUCAGGCGUACUGCUACCUUCCAAGAACACUUCUCUAUUGUCUCUCCCCAGAUCAAAUGUACCUUUCAAGGUAUCCUGACCAUGCUAAACACACAGUUUAUCAUUCGGAUCAAGCAUGGAGUCUCCAUCGCAGACAACACAGGGAAGCUCAUGGACCUUAAAGGUCAGAUGAUCUAUGUUUCAGAGUCCAAUGCCAUCUUGUUCUUGGGCUCACCAUGUGUGGACAAGCUGGAGGAGCUGACAGGCCGCGGCCUCUACCUGUCAGACAUCCCUAUACAUAACGCACUGCGUGAUGUAGUGCUGGUUGGCGAACAGGCCAAAGCCCAGGACGGUUUGAAGAAGCGACUGGGAAAGGCCAAGGCAGCCUUGGAGCACGCUCACCAGGCACUGGAGGAGGAGAAGAAGAAGACAGUGGAUCUUCUUUUCUCCAUCUUCCCCGGCACUGUGGCUCAGCAGCUGUGGCAAGGCCAAACGGUGCAGGCCAAGAAGUUUGACCGGGUUACAAUGCUCUUCUCUGACAUUGUGGGUUUUACGGCUGUUUGCUCACGCUGUACCCCGAUGCAAGUGAUAACCAUGCUCAGUGAGUUGUACACCAGGUUUGACCACCAGUGUGGAGAGCUUGAUGUUUAUAAGGUGGAGACCAUAGGUGAUGCGUACUGCGUAGCUGGUGGAUUACACAAGGAGAGCGAGACUCACGCUGUCCAAAUUGCACUCAUGGCCUUAAAGAUGAUGGAGCUUUCAGACGAAGUUAUGACGCCCACCGGAGAACCAAUACAGAUGCGUAUCGGCCUCCACACUGGCUCAGUACUGGCUGGUGUCGUUGGGGUGAAAAUGCCACGCUACUGCCUUUUCGGGAACAAUGUCACACUGGCCAACAAGUUUGAAUCCUGCAGCCAACCUGGGAAAAUCAACAUCAGCCCUACAACCCACAGAUUGCUGAAGGAUCGGCCAGAGUUUGUCUUUGUUCCCAGGAGCAGACAGGAGCUUCCGGCCAACUUCCCAGAAGACAUCCCUGGUGUUUGUUACUUUUUGGAGGCGUCCUUCAAAACUUCACAACUGCCUCUGAAAUGAAGUCGAGCUGCUGCAGAGCCCAAAAAAACAGAAUAUGACAGAAUAUAAACGUAUCCAGUGAACACAGUGCGAACACCUUGUGUAUUUUGGUUCGGGUUGUUUAGAUAUUGAUGAUAUUGUCAGUCAACUCUUGCAGCUGCUUAAUAACAGACAUGUCAGUUUGAUGUCAAACAUGAGUCUUGUUUCUGUACAAUUUUCCAUUUGUACAGUUGUAGCACAGAGAAAUACUCACUUCCUUCAUUUUUCUUCCAGAAUGAGUCAUCUCUGCAAAUUAUUAUGAUAUAAAAAGUAGCUUUCUUGACUGUUUUGUUCAUUUUAAUACCUAAGGAGGUACGAAAUACAUAAAAUGUGCUAAAUGUGGCCAAAAAGGGCAUAUUGUUUUUUAAAAAGUAGCUGCUUCUGGUUUGAUGUAAGGAGUUAAAUAUGUCAUCUGCAUAACAUGAUUCAGAAAUCCAUUUUGGAUGUUGAUCCUCAAUGUGAUGUUGCUAAACAGAUUUGAAGAUUAUGUUCUGUAAAUAUGUGACUGGUCCAUUCACAUCUGUUCAAACUACCUGCUAAAAGCACCUUUGCCUAUUGGUACGACAGAAGAAAUGAAGACUGAAACAGAAUUAGCUUUGUGUGUCUCAGUGGGAGAUUUCAAAAUUUGGAAGAGUUAUUCAAAUAUUUAGGAGACAUCCUGCCUUUUUAAACUUUAGAUUCACUCCUCUAAUCAAUUUAAGUGAUGCAGAGCAGAUUCAGGUGCCUUAUAUGAAAAUAUACCUGCAGGAUCACAGAUAUUUCACAUUAUUUUUACCUGCUUUUUUUCCUUUAGAUAUGGUUCAAUAUGAAUUUACGUGUCAAUAAUUUCUUCCAGAGGUUUGUGGUUCCAGCUCAGUAAAUGUUUGUAAUGACAUGUAACUUAGACUUCCAUUUAUGAGACAUAAAGCAUUUCAAGAUUGCAUUUUCCAAACAUAAGUUAUAUACAUUUAUUUUUUACUUUUUUUCCCACUGUACACAUUUAUACUAUAUUUAUUACAUUUGGUUCAUAGCACUCCUUUCCUAUACAGUGGGAAUAUGACACAACAAGAAUACAAUGAUUGUUCUACUAUCCCUCAUAAUGAUGUGCUUUAAUCAUUAUUGUAAUGUAGUCAAUGCGCAAUAAAUAUUGACAUUAACAUGC